CUUUACCGUCAUUCUUUUUGGGUUGCCCCAUGCCAUGUCGGCCAGCGCCUCUUCAUGCACGGCGUAUCCCCUUGAGCGCAAGGACCCGAUGGGCGGAGCCGCCCUCGAUUCCACGUCCGGCCACGGAACGGAAGGGCCGAGCGCAGAGAGGACAGGCACAGGAUCUGCUGGACGUGCUGCGCUUCGAGGCCUCGGACACCGAGGCCUCGGAGAGCGACGGCGUCCCGGAGGAGGAGGUGGGCGCCGACUCCAGGGUCAUCACCAGCCUCCAACGUUCCGUGGGACUCCGUGGCUUAGUGGCUGGACCCAUGGGGGAAGGCCUAGUCACUUCCCGCAUGCCGGGCUUUGGUCGGGGGGUGCCGCCCUCCACGCGCAUUGAGCAGUGUGUGGCUGUGGGCUUCAGUGAGGCUGAGGUGCGCUUGGAGGGGAGCCGCUUCUUCGUGCUAACCACUGCGCAUGAUGGCUUCAACCUCACUUGGCUACCUUCCAUGAAAUCUGGCGAAAUGUCCGCACGUGAUGAUCCCGGCUGGACCCAAGUGGCUCUUUUACCCUUUUGCUCAGCAUUUUCCAAACAUGAGGGGUUGGCUGCCAAGGGUCCCAGAACACGGCAGGCCUCUGCCCAUGCCACUGCGGAGAUCGGCGAUCCCACGCAAACGCCCGACGUGCUGGGCGAGGAAUUGCAGCAGAAGGGCCUGGAAGGGGUCUAUGCUUUGAUUUUCAUUCUGGCCAAGCUCUUUGCGAGCCCACAGAAUGCAUUCCUGGCGAUGGAGCCGGAGAACGGACAAGUGAGCACCCUUGGUCUCGAGAACUUCUUACGGAGGCAAAUCCGCCACGAUGUGGAAGCCUUGACGGGCCUCAAAGUGGUUCAGCUUUUCAAAGAGCUCGACAAGCGUGAAAAUGGCUACAUCUCCUUGGAGGACCUCAUUUGCAGCAAUCCAGAGAAUCAGCAACAGCAAUGUACUUGCGAAGAGGGGGACAAGUGCAUCUCAGAGGUCUGGAAGCAGGGUGGCCAACAGGACAGCACCGAGUUCGGCCGCACCAUCUCCCCCAGCACGCAGUCUAACCACAGCGGAGCAGACAAAAGGAAGGGCGGUGGCAUCGUUUCUCUGAAGACUCUGAAGUGGACUAAGCAGGCCAACCGGCGGAAAGAGCUCACUUCCGCUGCCACUGCGGAUGGAAGGAGCGACGUGGGCUCGCAGACCACCCGCGCCGAGAUUCACCGGCGCAACGACCUGAUCCGAAAGGAGCGUGACUCCAGCAACGUGCAGGACACUCACCUUGACCUGGACAGAGAACGGUUCAUCACCACCGUGUCUCGCGCCGGGCCAUUGAGGAGCCCAAUCCGAGCCCAGGGGAUCAUUUUCUCUCGUCUACAUCGAACAGGCAUGGGCAAGGAGAUGGAGUCCAAGCGGCGCUUGGUGCAGCGCUUGGCCGCCGAGGCUGAAGCGGCCUUUGCGCGGAAGAAGGGCCAGGCUGCAGGGGAAGAUCUGGAUGGCGCCAAGGAGGAUCCCAAUCCCAAGAGCCUCGUGGAGAUGACCAAAGGUCGCAUGAGGAACAGCGUCACUGGGAGUGUGAGCCUGAAUUUGGACCCAGAGAUGGAGGAGCCUGUCAACUUCACCAGCGUCACCAGGUCUGCCAUGGCCAAGCGCCUGGCGCGUGCCAGCGCCCAAGCACGGCAAGAGCCGCAGCUGCGGCGCCUGCGCUUCGAGGUGUCGAGCCUCGUGGUCGACCCCAAGCGCCCGCGCGUGGCCGCAGGCAUCGGCGAUGGCCAGCUGGCGGUCUAUUACCUUUUUCGCUCCCAUGGCUCCAAGCGGAAGCAGUUGCAUCAGAUCCAAGGCUUCGAUGCCUCGCGUGGCCUGGGCGACGUUUGCACCGCACUGUGCCUGCCGGCUCAGCGGCUCUCAGAUGAAGGGAGCAUGGCCGUGGAGACGGUGCUUGCUGGGUUCGAAAGUGGUCGUGUCGCGGUCUUCCGCAGCUUCUUCCCAGAGGAAUUUUCAAUGGAGAAAGCUGAUGAUAAGAAGAAGAAGAAAAAGAAGACGCUGGAGCAGGUCAUGGAAGAGAGGCAGAGGAUCAAAAGCUUGGCGAACGGCGAGCCUGUCGUGCAGGCCGAAGAGCCACUUCUCCUGGAGCACUUCCACUGCAAGACGCCGAUUGUUGCCUUGUAUUGGCACCAGAUUAUGGGCAUUUUCAGCGUCUCCAGCACCGGUCACGUGGUGGUGGCUGACAGCUGUGGGGUCCAAACCUUUGCGAUCAAUGAGGCCUGUGGGCGAAACUCCACCGUCACCUCAGCAGACCUGUCCCUGGAAUUGGAACAGCUGGCAGUUGCAGGGCAGCGCGGUGUGCACUUGUGGCAGAUCUUGUCGCAGGCGAAGUAUGGCGUGAUCGGAGUGCAGGACAACACCCAGCAGAACCCUGAGCAGAACUUCAAUGUGAUGUUAGUGCGUUAUAUGCCUUCAGGGAAGUUUCUCCUGACCCUGCACAAGGAGGGAGUGGUGAAGAUUUGGGAUUCGCGAAACCUGGAGCUGCACACCUCCUGCUUUGCCGCGCGGCGCGUGAGCUGUGCCUUUUGGGAGCCUCGCUGGGAGACCCUUUUCGUGUUCAACCCUGAUGGGGUGACUGAGAUCGAAAUACACGAGGAUAAGCUGGAAACCCAGGACCUGAGCAAGACCAUGCGAAUGCCCACGUUGCUCUUUUCAGAUUGACUUGCCUGCAGACCCGGC